AUGGCGCCUCUCGUCAAGACGGCCGUUGCCGCUGCCGCCCUCGCCGCCCUCGCCUCAGCGGCCACCGUCACUCACGACUUCAACAUCACCUGGGUUACCGCCAACCCCGAUGGUGCCCAGCCUCGUCCCGUCAUUGGCGUCAACAACCAAUGGCCGAUCCCGCGCCUCGAGGUCGACGUUGGCGACCGCCUAGUCAUCAACGUCAACAACCAGCUCGGAAACCAGAGCACCUCGCUACACUUCCACGGCCUCUACAUGAACGGCUCCAACCUCAUGGACGGCCCGGCCGGCGUCACCCAAUGCCCCAUCCCCCCGGGCUCCUCCUUCACUUACAACUUCACCGUCGACCAGCCCGGCACUUACUGGUAUCACUCUCACUCGAAUGCCCAGUACCCUGACGGCCUGCGCGGGCCCUUGAUCGUCAACGACAAAGACUUUCCCUACAAGGACAAGGUCGACGAGGAGCGUGUCUUGACCCUGUCCGACUGGUACCAUGAUCAGAUGCAGGAUCUCAUCCCCAUCUUCCUCUCCAAGGGCAACCCAACUGGCGCCGAGCCCGUCCCCAAAGCUGCUCUCAUGAAUGACACCCAGAACAUGACCCUUCCUGUCCAGCCCGGCAAGACGUACCUGUUCCGCGUCAUCAACAUUGGCGCCUUUGCCGGACAGUAUCUCUGGAUCGAGGACCACACUAUGCAGAUUGUUGAGGUAGACGGCGUCUACACCAAGUCGGCCCCUGCCGAGAUGGUGUACAUCGCUGCUGCCCAGCGUGUCAGCUUCCUCCUCACCACCAAGAACGAUACCUCUGCCAACUUUCCCAUCGUCGCAUCAAUGGAUACGACCCUGUUUGAUCAACUGCCUGACGAUCUCAACUACAACUCCACCGGCUGGCUCAGCUACGACGACAGUAAGCCCAAGCCGGAUGCCAAGAUUGUCGACGGAGAAUUUGAUCCGUUCGAUGACAUGACCCUGGAGCCCUAUGAUGGGAUGAAGCUGCUGCCCGAGCCCCAGAAGACAGUCGAGCUCGACGUCAUCAUGGACAACCUCGGCGAUGGCGCCAACUACGCCUUCUUCAACAACAUCACCUACAAGACGCCCAAGGUUCCGUCCCUCUACAGCGUCCUAUCCAGCGGCGAGCAGGCCACGAACCCCACCGUCUAUGGCGAGUACACACACCCUUUUGUUCUCGAAAAGGACGAGAUCGUCCAGAUCGUCGUCAACAACCUCGACACGGGCCGCCACCCUUUCCACCUCCACGGCCACGCCUUCCAGGCCAUCCACCGCUCGGCCGAGGAGGCCGGAACCUUCGAGAGCGAGAACCUGACCGAAUCGCAGCUCAGCCAGGUGCCCAUGCGCCGCGACACCCUCGUCGUCUGGCCCCAAGGCAACAUUGUCCUGCGCUUCAAGGCCAACAACCCGGGCGUCUGGCUCUUCCACUGCCACAUUGAGUGGCACGUCGUAUUGGGCUUGCUGGCCACGUUUGUCGAGGCCCCGCUGGAGCUGCAGAAGCAGUUUACCAUUCCUCAGAACCACCUCGACAACUGCGCCGCCGCGGGCAUGGCCACGCAGGGCAAUGCGGCUGCAAACACCAAGGAUCUGCUGGAUCUAACGGGGCAGCCCACCCCUCCUGCUCCUUUGCCUGCCGGAUUUACCACGCGCGGCAUCAUUGCUUUCGUGUUUAGCUGCAUCACUGGUAUCCUAGGUACCAUGGUCGUGGCAUGGUAUGGCAUGUCCGCGCCAGCCAAGUCGGCGCACGACCACGAGCCUCUUGCCCAUCCUGCCAACGGAACCUCGGGGGUGCGUGAAACUGGCACCGCGGCCGCGGCGGCUGGUACUGCGGGCGAGACGUCGGCGACAGCUGCAGAGGCGAAUGCGGCUGCGGCCAGGUCGAGUUGA